AUGAUUCGCAAAAUUACCAGCAAUCUCUCUUCAUCUCAAGGAGCCUUUGUACUGGGGCGAACACUGACGUUUGAUCGCUUCAUUCGACAUCAAGCCUUCGACGCUUCAUUUGACCAAGAUGAGUUAGCCGAAGCCAGAAAGUGGCAAUCAUCGUUCCGGGGAAGCAACUUGCCAAAGGGACAGACCAGCUACUCCCGUUCCAGUGGGCCUGGCGGACAGCAUGUCAAUAAGACUGAGAGCAAGGCUACAACCGUGUGGCCUGUGGAAGAGCUUGCUAAGGGUCUUCCAAAAGUGUUACAGUCCGGCUUGCGGUCAUCAAAAUAUUAUACCAGCGGGAAUGACUCAAUAACCAUCCAAGCUCAGACCCAGAGAAGCAGGUCGGCAAACACAAACGAAAACUUUCAGAAGCUGGCAGAGGAGCUACAGCAGAUCUACCGCAAGCUUGUGCCUGGCGCCACUAGCGACAAGAAGAUGAUGAAGUACGAAGCUUUGGAGAAGGCAUUCCAUGAAAGCAGAAUAAGGUCAAAGAAGCAGCAUAGUGCGAAGAAGGCAUCACGGAAAGGAUCCUCUGGAGACUAUUAA